UCUCAAACCACACAAAAGCCGCAAUCUUAACGCGAAAGUUUUCAAAAUAAUAACGUAGAAAUGCUUAUAAGAUUCCUGUACGCCUUAACUUUGACGGGCCUAUUGGUGUGCUCGGCGUUAGCACGUGACAAAGCACAUCCCCGCAGCAGCAGCUCAACUCGAUUGGGCUCCGCAUCUCACCUCACAAACGAAGCCGAACGCAAUGCAAGCUAUUGGAUCGAGAAGGCACAGAAUACACUCAGCAACAAAAUCCUACAGGCAUCGCAGCUGAGUUCGGAACGUGUGGCUAAGAAUAUCAUCUUCUUCCUGGGCGAUGGCAUGUCCGUGCACACAAUCACGGCCGCACGCAAUUUAAUGGGUGAUAGCGCCAAUCAGGUGUCUUUUGAGAAAUUCCCCUAUCUCGGCUUAUCAAAGACAUACUGCGUAGACCGGCAAGUAGCCGAUUCAGCGUGUACGGCUACCGCCUAUUUGGGUGGUGUGAAAGCCAACUACGGCACUAUAGGUGUGAAUGCCAAAGUCAAGCGUUACGAUUGCACCACAGGACAAAAUCCCGAUAACUUUGUCGAGAGCAUUGCCAAGUGGGUGCAAGAUGCUGGCAAAGAUGCUGGUCUGGUGACAACAGCACGCGUGACACAUGCUUCACCGGCUGGCAUGUACGCACAUACCGCCAAUCGUAAUUGGGAAAAUGAUGCAACGAUAAUCGAGAAUGGCUGCAGUGCCAAGGAUAACGUGGAUAUAGCACGCCAACUGGUGGAAUGGGAUGUUGGUAAGAAUUUGAAGGUGGUGAUGGGCGGUGGUAGGCGCCACUUUAUUAACACCACUGUCAACGAUGAAGAAGGUCUGGCGGGCCAUCGUACUGAUGGACGCAAUCUGAUCCAGGAUUGGUUGAAGGAAAAGCAAACAAAUAAUAAACAGGCAGCAUACGUUUGGAGCAAGAAGGGUUUGAGUUUGGUGGAUUUGGAUAAAACUGAAUAUCUUUUGGGCUUAUUUGCAAAUUCACACUGUCCCUACAAUGGAGAUUUGGAGCGCACCAACUACAAACUUGUGAAACCAUCGCUAACAGAGAUGACCGAGGCUGCAAUUAAGGUGUUGCGAAAGAACAAUAACGGUUAUUUCCUCUUUGUGGAAGGUGCACGCAUCGAUAUGGCACAUCACGAAACCUGGGCACGUAUAUCCCUGGAGGAUACAGUGGAGUUUUCACGCGCUAUUGAGCUUGCCCGAAAUAUGACUUCGGAAGAGGACACACUCAUCGUAGUGACUUCGGAUCACUCGCACACCAUGACCAUCAAUGGUUAUCCAUAUCGCGAUCAACCAAUUACUGGCUUGUCUAACAAGUUAGCCGACGAUGGUUUGCCUUUCACCAUUUUGUCUUACGCCAAUGGACCAGGUUACUACACUGCAUACAAUGAUAAAACUGGUCGCAGCGAGAUCACCGACGAUCAGACAAAAGAUGUAAAUUUUGAAUAUCCCGCCACUGUGCCUUUAUCCUCGGAGACUCAUGGUGGUGAUGAUGUAGGCGUGUUCGCUUCCGGGCCAUUUGCUCAAUACUUCAGCGGCAAUUACGAGCAAUCAAAUAUACCAGCUAUGAUGGCGCGCGCACUUAAUAUUGGACCAUUCGCUAAUAUUUAAUUUAUUUUUUAAUAAAAAAAUAGUAUUUUGUUGACAUUU